AUGGACGGCUCCACGGGAUUUGAUGGAGAUGCUACUACUUUUUUCGCCCCAGAUGCUGUGUUUGGUGACAGAGUGCGCAGGUUCCAGGAAUUCCUAGAUACUUUCACCUCGUACAGGGAUUCGGUAAGGUCCAUCCAGGUCUACAACAGCAAUAACGGGAGCAGCUACAACGACAACCUGGACGACGCCGACGACCAGGACCUGCCAGGCGAUGAUCUUGAGAAAGAAAAGAAAACCGCGUCCUCCACCGCAUUGAACAUACUUCCUAACAGAAUUACCAUUUCGCUUGACGACUUGAGAGAGUUCGAUAGGUCGUUUUGGUCGGGAAUCCUGACCGAACCGGCAUACUUCAUUCCCCCCGCCGAGAAGGCGCUUACUGACCUGGCAGACUCGAUGGAUGAUGUUCCGCAACCCAAUGCCUCUGCAGCGUCGUCUCGCCACCCUUGGAGGCUUUCGUUUAAAGGUUCAUUUGGUGCGCACGCAUUGUCUCCUCGUACUUUGACCGCACAACACUUGAACAAACUGGUUUCUGUCGAAGGUAUCGUCACCAGGACCUCCCUUGUCAGACCAAAGCUCAUCAGAUCUGUCCACUACGCGGCAAAGACCGGAAGGUUCCAUUAUAGGGACUACACGGAUGCGACCACGACGCUCACCACGCGUAUUCCCACCCCUGCAAUCUACCCAACAGAAGACACUGAUGGGAACAAGCUGACCACCGAGUAUGGCUACAGCACAUUCAUAGAUCAUCAGCGUGUCACCGUGCAGGAAAUGCCCGAAAUGGCCCCCGCCGGUCAACUCCCCAGAUCCAUCGAUGUAAUUCUCGAUGAUGAUCUCGUGGACAAGACAAAGCCCGGUGACAGAGUCAACGUUGUGGGUGUAUUCAAGUCGCUGGGUGCUGGUGGCAUGAACCAAUCCAACUCCAACACUUUGAUCGGGUUCAAAACUCUAAUUCUGGGCAAUACCGUAUACCCCCUGCACGCAAGGUCUACUGGGGUCGCCGCAAGACAAUCGCUGACAGAUUUCGACAUCAGAAACAUCAAUAAACUGUCUAAAAAGAAGGACAUCUUCGAUAUCUUGUCGCAGUCCCUAGCGCCCUCCAUAUACGGACAUGAUCACAUAAAGAAGGCCAUUCUCUUGAUGCUCAUGGGCGGUGUGGAGAAAAAUUUAGAAAACGGCUCCCAUUUGAGAGGUGACAUCAAUAUCUUGAUGGUGGGUGAUCCAUCCACCGCCAAGUCCCAAUUGCUGAGGUUCGUCUUGAACACGGCAUCGUUGGCCAUUGCCACCACUGGUAGAGGUUCUUCCGGUGUGGGUUUGACUGCAGCCGUGACCACCGACAGAGAAACCGGCGAAAGGAGAUUGGAGGCUGGUGCCAUGGUUUUGGCCGAUCGUGGUGUUGUGUGCAUUGACGAAUUCGAUAAAAUGACAGAUGUGGAUAGAGUCGCCAUCCACGAAGUUAUGGAACAACAAACCGUGACAAUUGCCAAGGCAGGUAUUCACACGACUUUGAAUGCUCGUUGUAGCGUGAUUGCCGCGGCAAAUCCCGUCUUUGGUCAGUACGACGUCAAUAGAGACCCUCAUCAAAACAUUGCCCUACCGGAUUCGCUGCUGUCUCGUUUUGAUUUACUGUUUGUUGUAACGGAUGAUAUUAACGAAAUCAGAGACAGGUCCAUCAGUGAGCACGUUUUAAGAACACACAGAUACUUACCUCCAGGUUACUUAGAAGGUGAGCCAGUGAGAGAGCGUUUGAAUUUGUCGUUGGCCGUUGGCGACGACGCCGAUGUCAAUCCUGAGGAACAUUCCACCACUGGAGCUGGUGGAGAAAAUGAGGGGGAAGAUGACGAAGAUUAUGUCUUUGAAAAAUUCAAUCCGCUACUACAAGCGGGUGCCAAAUUGGCCAAGAAUAAAGGUAACUAUAAUGGUACAGAAAUUCCCAAAUUAGUCACCAUUCCAUUCCUAAGAAAAUACGUUCAGUAUGCCAAGGAAAGAGUUAUCCCUCAGUUAACACAAGAGGCUAUCAAUGUCAUUGUGAAAAAUUACACUGAUUUAAGAAAUGAUGAAAACACGAAAAAAUCGCCGAUUACUCCAAGAACUCUGGAAACCUUGAUUAGAUUAGCCACAGCUCACGCCAAAGUCAGAUUAUCUAAAACGGUCAACAAGACAGAUGCCAAAGUAGCCGCAAAUCUACUAAGGUUCGCGCUUUUGGGUGAAGAUAUUGGCAACGAUAUCGAUCAAGAAGAAAGUGAAUACGAAGAAGCCUUGUCGAAGAGAUCUCCACACAAAUCGCCCAAAAAGAGACAAAGAGUCAGGCAACCAGCAAGUAAUUCGGGAUCUCCAAUCAAAACUACUCCAAGAAGGUCUGCGACACCGUCCGUCAAUGCUACACCAUCAUCCGCGCGUAGAAUAUUACGCUUCCAGGAUGACGAAGAACAAGCUGGCGAAGAUGAUAACGAUAUUAUGUCACCACUUCCCAUAGAAGAAGAGGCUGACCUACAAAGAAGACUUGAAUUGGGAUUGAGGGUAUCUCCAAGACGUAAAGAACACCUCCACACGUCGGAUGUAGCCGCUUCAGGCCCUCUUACCGAGGUUGGUACCCCAAGAUUACCUAACGUAUCUUCUGCAGGUCAGGAUGAUGAGCAACAACAGCAACAACAGUCGGUAAUUUCCUUCGAAAGCGUGGAACCAGGUACUAUUUCUACCGGUAGAUUGUCUUUGAUCUCCGGUAUAAUUGCCCGUUUGAUGCAAACAGAAAUAUUCGAAGAAGAAUCGUAUCCCGUGGCGUCUUUGUUCGAAAGGAUCAAUGAAGAGCUCCCCGAGGAAGAAAAGUUUUCCGCCCAAGAAUAUCUUGCAGGCUUGAAGAUCAUGUCCGACAGAAACAAUCUAAUGGUUGCUGACGAUAAAGUGUGGAGAGUGUGA